GCUCAGCAGCGCAGGAUGACUUGCGCACCUCCACAGAUCUGGCUCUCGACCAGUGGGGGCAGUGACGCUUCCUUGUUGAACAAGCUGGGCGGUCAUGUGACAUCACGCAGCGACAACAUGGCUUCCUCGAUCUCAAAUGAAGAUUUCAAUCAUUUACAACUUCUUUUAAAGGCUCCUUCUAAAGAAGUCGUGAAAGAUAUUUGCCUUCAGUGUCACAAAUGUGCUCAUGGCCGUUUGAUCGAAACAACAGCGGAGACCCUGAACAUUCCUGCGGACCAGGCUGCUGAGCUGACCAGGUCUCUCCAGGUUCUGACCCGACACGUUGUGUUCUAUGAGCUUAACACAGCGGACCAGAUCUCCAGUUUGUUUCCUGACGGUUUCCACAGCAACCUGAAGAACCUGUUGACCCGGAUUCUGCUAGACAGCAGUCCAACGUGGAAAUCAGAUGCGCUCAGUGAUCAAAUUUCUCUCCCACAGUUGCAGCAGGUGGACUGGAGCGUCUCCAUGGUGGCGGGUUCGGACUCUAUCGGCCGGAUAUGUGCACCGACCUGUCUUGUAAAGUUUCAGACGAACAACUCCUUGGCAUCUGAAGAACCAGUCACCACGAUGGUGGUGGAGCUGAGCCGCGAGUCCUUGGACACCAUUCUUGACGGACUGGGUCGGAUCCGGGACCAACUGUCUGCUGUCGCUGCCAAGUAGCAGCUGAGCAUGGGAACAUAUGGACACACUGUUUGAUUCCAGAAAGUUUGCGUCAGAUUCCAACGGUAAUCAAUAAAAAAAAAAAAAGGUCAUGUG